AUGCCGAGUCGUCGCCGCCGCAACCGCAAGCGCCUCCUCACCUGCGUCGGCGCAGCUUCGGUGGGCGCGCUGCUCUUUUUCGGCGCCCACUCCUCCAGCAUCGGCCUCGGCGGCGGUACUUGGUCGCAGCAGCAGGACCAGCUCUUCCGGUCGCCGGGGCCACCGCCGCCGGAAACCCUAAUGUCGAUGCCGCGCCAGACAUCAGAGGCCGAUCUGUCCUUCGCGCGGCGCCUUCUGCCCAACCGCCACCACUCCCCGCCGCAACUCCGGGAGGAUGCCGUCCUCCUCCCGGACCGGGAGGUUCUCGUCCUGUCCGCUGACCCUGCCGUGGGGAACGCCAUGUGCGUCUUCCAGGGUGGGGCGUCCUCCCCGGCGCGCGCGCUCGGGAGGUUGCCGGGGCCCGGGCGCCACGCCUACCUCUGCCCCCUGCCCGGCUCAGAGCAGCCGCUCCAACCACCACCCCUGCUGCUUUCAUCUUCCUCUUACUCCUCCUCGGCUGCUCCCCCUGCGACUGCCCCCGCCCCUGCCCCUGCCGCCGAUUUCCGCAAGUUGCCCAAUUGGAACGACAGUCUCGUCUUUGAUUCCGCCCCUCUCCCCGGAGGCGAUCUUCUCCUCUUCGCCAAGGGCACGAACCACCACAGAGGGGUCAUCAACACUGCCACUUCCAACAUCAAGUGCAUCUACAGCAGAGACUCCGAUGGCACGGUGGCCUCCUCCCCCGCCACCACUUCAGCCCAGCAGGUGAUCAGGUGCCCCCCUCCACCGGCUCCUUUCAAUUCCAGCAACCUCCAUGUCACAGUAGCCCUCAACGGCCAGGAGCCUUUACCCUCACUUGCCACCUACAAUCCACAAAACACUGCCUUGCCUGUGACACGUGAAAGGAAAUCGAUCUGUGCCUGCACCAUGGUUCGAAAUGUCGCCAAGUUUCUGCCUGAAUGGGUGAGGUACCAUGCUGCAGUCGGUGUUGAGAAGUUCUUCCUAUACGACAAUGCAAGCGAGGAUGACCUAGCAGGCCAGGUCUCGAGUUUGAGCUCUGCUGGCAUUGAUAUCUCCACCGUGGCCUGGCCCUGGACGAAAACGCAGGAAGCAGGGCUUUCUCAUUGCGCAGCCUCGAAUCAACCUUCCUGCGAAUGGAUGUCAUUCAUGGACGUAGAUGAAUUCAUCUUUUCACCAAACUGGGAUAAGGUUGAGAAGCCUUCCAAAUCGUUACUUGAAUCGGUUGUCUCGGUUGAUCCGGAGGUUGGCCAAAUAUUCCUCCCCUGCUACGAUUUUGGUCCCUCUGGCCAAACAGCACAUCCGCUUGAAGGGGUGUGCCAAGGCUACACCUGCCGGCUGACGAGAGCUGAGCGUCACAAAUCAUUGGUCCGCCUUGACGCGGUGGCAGAUUCGCUUGCAAAUUCUGUACACCAUUUUAUACUAAAGCCUGGUUUCGAGAAAGUGUGGACCACUUUGGUUCGCAUAAACCACUACAAAUAUCAAGCUUGGACAGAAUUCAAAUCGAAGUUCAAACGACGCGUGUCAGCAUACGUGGCAGAUUGGACAGAUCCCGUUAACUUGCAAUCCCAUGACCGGGCCCCCGGGCUGGGAGUUGAUCCUGUUGAACCAGUUGGCUGGGCGGAGAGCUUUUGCGAGCUUAAGGAUUAUACUAUGAAGAAACUAACCGAGAAGUGGUUCGGAAUUGGGUCUGGAGGCCGUGGAGCAACAACAGAGUUCAACUCUAACGGUGACAUUGCUCCCUCCCCUCUCUUCCAUAGCUUAUAG